AUGUCUUCGUAUUUUCCCUUUAGUCUACUAGGAGUACUCGUUGUAUGGACAAAAGUUCCGAAUGGUAGAGAGCUGCGCGAUCUUGGAAAUAUGAAGAAAAAAUACAUGUCAUGCCAGCUGGCCGGACCAACGAUUGAGUAUACUGCCCCCAACUCCAAUAUCAAGCAGUCACACCCCUUGACACAAGCUAUCCGUCACAUGAACAAGAAGAAGUGGAUUAGACUGCUAGAGCUCGCAGAGAUCCGAGGCAUGGAACCAUACCAAACCGCCAUAAAGGCUGCGGGCCUGGGCGAAGGUGAAGCACAAGUAUACGUGCAGGCAUCGAAGAUUGCCAACGUCCUCUAUGAAGAAGCGGAUCACGACGCAGUUGGCCUCGAGGUCGUCGCGCGCAUGAAAGAGAUCAAGCCCGACCUUAAAUGUUUUCACUAA